GAAAUAGAAAAAAAAAAAAAAAAAAAAGACAAAUUAAACAGUGUUUGGUCCAUGGUAAAGGCUUAAUAAAUGUGGCUUUAUCACACUGUCUUUAUUGAAUGGCCAGUUAAUGUACCAUAUUGGAGUAUUGGAUAUAACCUUUGAAAAAUGGGUAAGAAAUGCCAUUAUAAUAAUUAAACUGAUUUAUAAUUUAGCAAUUUCUUGAGUUUUUUGUUCAUAAACAUUAAUACUGCAUAGCAUUAUAUAUUCUUAUAUUAGAACCUCAUCUAUAUAAUACUAACCACUGGAAUAUAAUGUGAUUAACUUUAUAUUUACAUGAUACUGUAAAUCAUUUUGGGACCAAUGUUCCUUAAUGUUCACUUCUAGGUAUAAAUUAAUGGUUCUGGCUCUAUGGUUCAAAAUCUGUUUGGAUCCUGUACACCUUUGAGCAUCUCAAAAUUAUAGAUUUUUUCCCAAGAAAAGUAUGCAUUAAUAAAUAUAUAGGAGUUCCCUGGUGGCUCUGUAGGUCAAGGACCCAGCAUUGUCACUGCUGUGGCUUGGGUUCAUUCCCUGGCCCUGGAACUUCUGCAUGCUUGAGUGAGGCCAAAUAAAUAAAUAUAUAAAUAGACAAUAAUUUGGUAUAUAAUUCUAAGAUAAAUUAUUUAAGGUGAAGGAUACCUGUUCUAGACCAUCUAAGCAUAUGGCUCACUUUCUUACUUACAAGUGCCCAUUACAAUUAACUUCGUAUUUUCAUUGCUCCUUACAUAUGAAUGUGGAAUGACUUAGGAUAUCCACACAAUAAUAACAGGUUUGGGGGAUUUUUUGUCUCUCUCUUUUUUUUUUUUUUUUUAGGGCUGCACCCAAGGGAUAAUGGAGGUUCCCAGGCUAGGGGUCGAAUCAGAGCUGUAGCUGCUGACCUAUGCCACAGCUCACAACAAUGCCAGAUCCUUAAUCCACUGAGCGAGGCCAGGGAUUGAACCUGUGUCAUCAUGGUUACUAGUCAGAUUUGUUUCUGCUAAGCCCUGACGGGAACUCCAGGUUUUUAAUUUAAGCACUUCUUAUUGUCAGCCACUGUUCUAAUGCUGAUAAUAGUAAGUCUCCUAAUCCUCAUAAAAUCCCUUUGAGAUUAAUACUAUUAUUUGCAUUUUUCAAACAAUAAACUCUGAAAUAGAAAGAUAUUGAAUAUAUUGCCCAAGCUUAUGAAUACUUACGAGACCAAGAUUUUAAUUCAGACACUCUAGAUUAUGGGUCAGCAAAUUUUUCUAUAAAGGACCAGACAGUAAAUAUGUUAGGCUUUGUGGGCCAAAAGACAAAAUCAAGGAUAUUAUGUAGGUACAAAUAUAAUGAGAGAAAACAAAUUUCCACAAAAUUUUUAUUGACAAAAUUCAAAACUUUACUUAUGAACUCUGAAUUUUAAUUUCAUAUAAUUUUCACACAUCAUGAAAUAUUGUUCUCCUUUUGAUAGGCUGUCAAUUAUAGAAAAAUGUUAAAGCCAGUCUUAGUUCACAAACCAUAAAGAAAAUAGGCUCUAAGCUGAAUUUGGCCUGCAGGAUCAUGGCUUUGUUGACCUCUGCUCAAGACUCAAGAGACCAUCAUACACUACUGACCCUCAGUGUACACCAGCAUGUGACUCGAAAAAAAAAACUGAUGCUGCCAAAUCUUAUACAAGAACUGGUUGGUACCACAUAAAUCUUCUCAUUCUUUGAGAAAAAAAUUCUGCCCUUCUUGAAAGAGAUGUCGCUGUAUAUACCUCCCAAUAAUAUUCUGACCCUUAAAGGCCUCUAAAACAGAAGGCUGUUUUUACUGAAGACUAUUACUGAAAUCAGUCAAACCUUAUCCUACCUUGCCAUAUUUCCACUCAUGUCUUUGAAGAAAAACUGAAGUAUCUGAUGUGUAAUUCUCACUGGUCUCUUCCUUAACAAAUCACCAUGUAAAGGGGAAUUGUUUUUUGUGUCAUGAGACUGCUUAAACAAAAAGAACCCAAGGCACAGGUGUUGCCAAGUGGUUAUAGAAAAUUUAACUGUAGGAAGGGCAUUUGAUGAGGAGCUGGGAAAAAAGGGGAUCCAUCCUUAUGUUACGGUCAUCAACUAAGGAGAGGAGGCCUAGAGACCAGGUAAAUGGAUUAGCUGCUGUUUGACAGGGCAUUUAAAAUGAAGUUAUUCUAUAUCCCAAAAAACAAAAAUUCACUCCAUGAAACAGAAAGCUCAAAAUGAUCUCUAGAUUGGCUUUGAGAUGUACAACUGCAACACUUUUCUCCUUUCGUGGCUAUUUUGGAAUACAGCAAAACUUAGAAAGAAGAGGGAAUCAUGACAUAGCAGGUCUUUCAUACCCAGGCUAAGUAAGAACACAUUCUUCAUCAUUAGCAAACCUCCAUCAUCCAUGUUAAAAAUACCCAAUGGAAGUAUGAGAAAAACAGGAGUACUGUUGAUCCUUCCCUGCAUCAUAAAAGUCAGGUUCAUUGAAGCCUAGGACUGGAAUCUGUUUCUAUGUUCCCAGCAGUUUUCUGUCCACAGAGCAAUGAAAAUGCUGUAGAUCUGCGAUAUGCAGAUUGCCCCCAAAAAGCUUCAGGAAGAAACUCUGGAGGAAGGAAUCCUACUCUUGGUGCCUUAAUAUUACGUCUUCCCAAGACCUGGGGUGGGGGGUGGGGGCAAUUCCAACUCUAAAAUCACCAUAAUGGACCCAGAGCUGUGCUUUUUUUUUUUUAGUUGGAACUAAAAAAGUCUCAAAAAGUCAGUUUCCCUUUAACAGCCAUUUUUGUGCAAAUAACAUUUCCAUGCAGUGUGGCUAUAAGGUGAAAAGACAGAGGAAGUGAAAGAAAAUUCAGUGCAACAAAUUCCGAGAAACCAUAGGAUUUACAGUUAACUCCAGAACAAGUUACAUUUAAUAUACUGCCUGCCUACUGUGCCUUAAGCACUAGGCUAGACAAUAGACACAGGUUGCAAUGAUGAAGGCAGCAAGGGCCCUGUUUUAGAACUGGGAGCAUCUGUGGUUACAGGGGCCUCAGAGUCUUUCACAGGCACAGACUGAGUCACGCAGGGUUCUCGUGCAGCGAUUCCUCCACAAUAGAAAAGCAAAAAUGAAGCUCUACCCUCCUAAAAGUAAACAAAAGCCACACUACGCCAGUUUUGGUCACUCUCCAGUCGGUCACAAUAGUGCUGUCACAGGAUCACUUGGUCACAGUAUUAAAACCUCACAGUCGCCAAUCAGGGUCAUUAACGCCCCGCCCCCACUCGUAGUCCUAGGAGCCUCAUCUGCACCUGAACCUGCCCCCACUCACAUGCAUACACGCCCGCUCGCGCUCUGACAUAGACUCAUAAUUACAUCUUACACUCACAAUCACACACACACACCACAAACACCUUUCUCAGCACCUGAUCCACACAAACCGGUGGCUGCUUCCUCCUCCAGACGCCACCGAGCCUGGGAAACUCCAGGCCUCCUGCAAUGAGCGCCUCCCGCCCCACGGCCCAGGUCACCUCAACUCACCAUGUGGAAAACUAUAACCGCAAGGCUAGUGGAAAAUGAACCACAGCCUGAAGCUCAUGAGUCCCCCCAGGACCUGCGGGAAACGAAGUCCAAACCGGAAAAGCGCGGACACAGACGCAAACUGACCCGAGCGCCCGCAGCCGGGAGAGCUCGGUCGCGCACCCCGCAGCCCCGUGGACUCCUGGGAGCUCCGGCCCGCACGGGAGUGCGCAGGCGCAGACGGCUGAGCCUGGGCUCGGGUGAGGUUGGACUCUUCCCUUUUCCAAAAGAAGAGCUCAAAAGAGAAGGUUCAACUCUUGCAAAUCUCAAAGCCAUGCCUCAGGGAUCAGUAUCAUUCAAGGAUGUGACUGUGGACUUCACCCAGGAGGAGUGGCAGCAACUGGACCCUGCUCAGAAGGCUCUCUACAGGGAUGUUAUGUUGGAAAACUAUUGUCACCUCAUCUCUGUGGGAUUUCACAUGACUAAGCCUGACAUGAUCCGCAAGUUGGAACAAGGAAAAGAACUAUGGACAACAGAGAAGAUUUUUCCAAGUCAGAGUUAUCCAGAAGAAGAUGGGACAGCUGAAGAUAUUUUAGUGAAGUUCAAAGAAUACCAAGACAGACAUUCUAGAUCAGUUGUAUUCAUCAACCACAAAAAACUAAUGAAAGAGAGAAGUAAUAUUUUUGGGAAAACAUUUACUGUCAACAAGAACCAUAUUAUUUCAAAAACAACACUACAUGAAUAUAAACCUGAUGGAAAGGUUUUUAAAAAUAUUUCAGAAUUAGUCAUUAGAAAUAUAAGUCCUGUAAGAGAGAAAUUUGUUGAGAGUAAUGGAUGGGAGAAAUCACUCCUUAAUACAAAACAUGAGAAAAUUCAUACUGCAGUGAAUCUCUGUAAACAAACAGAAAGGAGUCUGAGUAGUAAACAAGAGCUUAUUCAACAUCAGAAAGUUCAAACUCCAGAGCAAUCAUUUGAACAUAAUGAAUAUGAAAAACCCUUCCUUAUGAAAGGAAUGUUAUUUACACCUACUAGAGCUCACAAAGGAGAAAGACCCUUUGAAUACAAUAAAGACGGAAAAGCCUUCAUUGAAAAGUCAAAUGUCAGUGUCCACCAACAAAAUCUUAUGGAGAAGAAGCACUCAUACAGCAAAUAUGGGAAAUUCCUUUGUAGGAAGUCCAUUUUUAUCAUGCAUCAGAGAUCUCCAACAGAAGAGAAACCCUUUCAGUGUCCUUACUGUGGGAAUAAAUUUAGAAGGAAGUCAUAUCUCAUUGAACAUCAGCGAAUUCACACAGGUGAGAAACCAUAUGUUUGCAGUCAGUGUGGAAAAGCCUUCCGUCAAAAGACAGCCCUCACUCUUCACGAGAAAACACAUAUAGAGGGGAAACCCUACCUUUGUAUGGAUUGUGGGAAGUCCUUCCGCCAGAAGGCAACACUUACUAGACAUCACAAGACACAUACUGGAGAGAAGGCCUAUGAAUGUACUCAAUGUGGAAGUGCUUUUAGAAAGAAGUCAUACCUCAUUGAUCAUCAGAGAACACACACAGGAGAAAAACCAUAUCAAUGUAAUGAAUGUGGGAAGGCAUUUAUCCAGAAGACAACCCUCACUGUACAUCAGAGAACUCACACGGGAGAGAAGCCCUAUAUUUGCAGUGAAUGUGGGAAGUCCUUCUGCCAAAAGACAACCCUCACUCUCCAUCAAAGAAUUCACACGGGGGAAAAACCUUAUAUUUGCAAUGAAUGCGGCAAGUCCUUCCGCCAGAAGGCAAUACUAACUGUUCAUCAGAGAAUACAUACAGGAGAGAAAUCCAAUGGAUGCCCUCAGUGUGGGAAAGCCUUUAGUAGGAAAUCAAACCUCAUUCGCCAUCAGAAAACUCACACAGGAGAAAAACCAUAUGAAUGUAAAGAAUGUGGGAAGUUCUUCAGUUGUAAGUCAAACCUCAUUGUCCAUCAGAAAACUCACAAAAUAGAAACUGUGGGAAUUCACUAAGAGAUAGGACUUUUUGGGUGAAAACUUCUUAAGUCAUAGUAAACCCUGAACAUGAUGUUGCUUGCAAGUAUAAUAAUAUUAAACAGUUUAAGGUACUAUACCACAUAUUUACCUACUAUUUGCUAGUCUAUAAAACACACAGAAAGAAUGGCUAGACAAAUGAAAUGACAAAAGUCAUUGAAAAUACAAGCUUAAAUUUUUUGUUAGAUUCACCAUACAUAAACUUCCUCUAUCAAGUUGCUAUAAACAUUUAAAACUGGCUUAUUUUCAAUUUUGAUACAUAACUUCUUGUGACCCAGUAAUAAACAGUAAGCUGCCUGGCAGUGGUCCAUGGACAACACUGUGAAAAGAGGUGCUUUAAAAGAAAAGAGGUGUAACUAUUUCUCAUUGCAACUAUGGAAUAAAAAUUAGUUGUCACUUCUCAGAGUUAACUGCAAUUCUAAAUUCCAACAUUAUAAAUCCAUUUUUGCAUAUUAUAAACACUUUAUAAAUUAUACAUCAUGUAUUCGUUCACAUAUGGCUUGUUUCAUCCAUCACUAUGUCUCUAAACCUCAUCAUUAGUGCAUGUGGCAGAAGUUUAUUUAUUUUCAGUCUGUAUAAAAUUCCAUUAUAUGAUUAUAUUACAAUUUAUCCAAACUACUGUUGAUGGACUUUUUCAUUGCUUACAGCAUAGGGUCAUAAUAAAUAAUGCCUCUAUGAACAUAUUUGUAUUUUAGUAUACACAUAUUCAUUUCUCUUGUGUAUAUACUUGAGAGUGGAAUUGCUCGGUCCUGAGGUAUAUGUAUGUUGGUACUAUCAAACAACUCAGAACUUUCACAACAUGAGAUAAUUCACUCUGACAGAAAAACAGCUAUAAAUAUCAAUAUGGUGAUGGUUCAAACAAGAGCAUUCAUACUAAAGGGAAACUCUAUGAAUGUUGUGAAACCUGGGAAUCCAAAUGCAAUGAAUGUCCAAAGUCUUUUCAGCCACAGCUCAGAUCUUAACAUAAUACUAGACACAUAAAUGUGAGAUUGCCUUUAGCAAUAAGAAUACCUGUUCGAAAUCAAAGUUGUGCUGGAAAAAGGAAGGCACCUAUCAUUUUCCUUGCUCAGCAUGAGGGAAUUCUAACUGUAUAAAAUACUGUGAGUAUAAUGAAGGGGGCAGGAGAUAACCUUUUCCCAUGGUUUGUAUCUUACUCAUCUCAUUAUAUUAAAAAAUGAUGAAGUUCUAA